AUGCACCGCAACCGCCUUAGAAAGGAUCUAAAGCAAGAUCGCAUCGAGGACAUCACUACCGAUCGCGCACUACUAUGCUUCCUUCGAAAACAAUACCGCCUCCAUCGAGGUCGCUUUCUCCACGCCCUCUCCCUGCAAAGCGUAAAAGGCAUCUCCUUCGUCAAAUUCCGCCUCCCAAUCGGCGGCAGCGUAGACGUACGCCACCACGAUCCAUGCUGCGUUGCCGACACCACAGGUCCAAAAACCUGCGAAUGCAUACCGCCACCACCCAAGGUCGAGCCUUCUCCAGGAGCAGAAUAUCGAUGUAUACCUGGCCCGCCUGCCACAUGCCCACCCAUCCCACCAGUUUACCUUGCAAGCUUAUUCACAUGUCCAACAGAUGUACACGAGAAGGACACCUGGAUACUGGACCAGCUUCCGAAACGUACGUGUGGUGAACUGAAAGGCCAGAUUGGGCAGCCUGCCGAGGGAUGGGGAAUCUAUUACGACGAAGGUUUAGAUGGCGAUAUGCUCGCAUGGACUAUUCUAAUCGUGUUUCUCGUAGCUAGUCUGCUUUUUGGUGUGCUUUGGUCAAAGUUCCAGUACGACAUCCAAGGAGCCUUUGGUGUGAGUGCUUAUAUGGUUGCGUGCUGCGCCGCAGUGCUACCUGUUAUCGUUACGAAGUUGGGAAACAAGGGGUAG